AAAGACAGAUCUCUAGAAUCAUAAGUAUCAUAUCAUUUAAAAAAAGUAUCAUAAUAUUAAAAAUAUUUAUUUCGAAAAAUUUUUAUACAUACAUAGACUUUUUUAAUUUAUUAAUAAAAAUAGUGAAUCUCAAAGAAUUAAGAAAGAGAAAAGAUUUCUCAUGUGUAAAUGAAAAACUAUAUGACCUCAUAAUAUAACGCGAAAACUUUCUAAUUUUAAACUAAGCCAUUUAAUAUGCGUAGUUGUGAAAAUUUUUAAAUAAGAAGUGUAAUUAUUUUGAAAAUUUUUUAAAAACCAAAAAUUGUGGAGGUUCACUUUUCUAACAUGAUAUCUCAAAGAGUCGAAUCAGACUCUAUAAAUGGAAAUAUUAAUCCGCGUGAUGAAACUAUUCCAAUUACGUCAGGUGGUGUUUUAAGAAAUUUUGGUGGAAUAUUUGGAAUGCGUAACUCCCCUUCACCCCAUUCAGCUGAUGGUUAUGUUGAAUUUGGUAUGGCAGGUAAUGAGCGGUCUUCCGCCAGAACCUUGGGAACAUUUGCUGGUGUGUUCAGUCCAGUAGCAUUAUCUAUGUUUAGCGCACUAGUAUUUAUACGUGUCGGAUACAUCGUUGGAAAUGCAGGAUUGUACAUAACAUUAGCCCAGUUUCUAAUAGCAUACGCAAUAUUACUAUUUACUGUCGCAUCCGUAUGUGCUAUCUCCACAAAUGGCGCUGUGGAAGGUGGGGGCGUAUAUUUUAUGAUAAGCCGAACAUUGGGACCUGAAUUCGGAGGCUCUAUUGGUACAUUAUUUUUCUUAGCCAACGUUGUUGGAUCGGCUAUGGCUAUAUCUGGUUGUGCUGAAGGUAUAAUUGAAAAUUUUGGACCGGGUGGUUAUAGUUCAAAUGAAGAAGGUCUUAUACCUGAUGGAAAAUCAUGGCGAUUUCUUUAUUGUAGUUUGAUUAAUACAUGUAUGUUGAUAGUUUGUCUGAUAGGAGCGGCUAUGUUUGCAAAAACAUCAGUCAUUAUUUUGGCUAUUGUAUGUGUGUGUUUAUUUUCAACUUACGUCAGUUUUUUGACACAAGGUCCAAAAGAGGUAUCUAUUCCACAGGAGAAUACUUUAGUACAAAAUAUUACAAAGGCAAACUACACUGGAUUAUCAUUGAAAACCCUCCAUGAAAAUUUAUAUCAAAACUAUAGUAAAGAUUACACAUCUAAUGGUAAUGAAAUUAAUUUCGCGAAAGUUUUUGGGGUUCUGUUUGCUGGUGUUACUGGAAUUAUGGCUGGAGCCAACAUGUCCGGAGAACUGAAAAAUCCAGGAAGAAGUAUUCCUAUCGGGACUUUAUCUGCUGUUGCUUUUACAUUCACAUCAUAUAUAAUAUUAUGCCUACUUAUGGCUGCAACUACUUCCAGAUUUUUAAUGCAAAAUAACUACUUGUUUUUAAUGCCAGUAAAUGUGUGGCCUGGAUUUACCGCCAUUGGUAUUUUAACAGCAACGUUUUCUACGGCUUUGAGCAAUUUAAUAGGCUCAAGUCGCAUCCUGGAAGCUCUGGCAAAAGAUCAAGUAUUUGGCCAACUAUUAAAUUUUAUAACAAAAGGAACUUGGAAAGGCAAUCCGAUUGUCGCGGUGGUUGUUAGCUUCGUCCUUGUUGAAAUUAUUCUUCUUAUUGGCUCCUUGAAUACAAUCGCACAAGUCAAUUCCGUAUUAUUCAUGUUGUCGUAUUUAGCCACAAAUCUAGCAUGUUUGGGUAUUGAGCUUACCGGGGCCCCAAAUUUCCGACCAUUAUUCAAAUAUUUUACUUGGCACACAUGCUUUAUAGGUUUAAUUGGAACUUUGACCAUGAUGUUUGUCAUAAACCCAAUAUACGCCUCCCUCAGCAUAAUAUUAUGCUUAGUUCUGGUAAUUGCUUUACAUAUUUUCUCACCGGCUUCCCAAGGAACUCAAUGGGGAUCUAUUUCACAAGCCUUAAUGUUCCAUCAAGUCAGAAAAUAUUUACUAAUGUUAGAUUCAAGAAAGGAUCACGUGAAAUUUUGGCGACCACAAAUGCUUUUACUUGUUUCAAGUCCGAGGUCUUGUUGCCCUUUAAUAGAUUUUGUAAACGAUUUGAAAAAGGGAGGGCUUUAUGUAAUUGGUCAUGUUAAAAUUGGUGAUGGCACACAACAAACUGGCGAAACUGAUCCUUCUAUAGAAGAAAAUAAAAUGUGGUUAUCCUUUUUGGAUCAUAUGAAAGUUAAAGCUUUUGCUGAAGUAACCAUUGCUAAAACAAUCAGGGAGGGUGUUCAGCACUUAAUACGUUUGUCAGGUAUUGGAGCAAUGAAGCCAAAUACAAUAAUUUUCGGUUUUUAUGAUGAGGAAGCUUCUAAAGAUUUUCUCAGUAGUACAAAUUCCUUAUAUAAAACGACAAAAUUUAAUGAAAAUGAUUUUCUUAAUUUUCCAAUUCGUAAACCGGGAGAGGCGAAAAAUUUUACUGCUCAAGAAUAUGUUGCGUUAAUUUGUGACACACUCCGUAUGAAAAAAAAUGUUUGUUUGUGCCGACAUUUCCAUAUGUUGGAUAAGUAUAUGAUAUCAAAAAGUAAUCAUAUUAAAUAUAUUGAUGUGUGGCCAAUUAACGCAUUUAAUCCCAAAAAUGAUGAUCCAUUUGAUGUUGUUUCAUUGUUCAUGAUGCAAUUAGCUUGUAUAAUAAACAUGCUUCCGAAAUGGAAACGUUUAAGUCUUCGAGUCUUCUUAUGUAAGUCAGAUAAUCAACCAGAUAUAAAUUAUCAAAAUCCUAGCUAUGCUAAGCUUAAAUUGGAAAAGCAAUUAAAUCAAUUACGUAUAAAUGCAAAUAUUUAUGAAAUUAAUGACUGGGAUAAAUUUACGAAAUUUGAAAAUCCAGACAUAAACGACGAACUAGCCUCAAAUGAAGAGAAUAUUCAUAUGUCUAAAUUUUAUAUUCAACGGGUUAAUCAAGUUAUACGAGAUAAAUCUAAUGCAACAGCAGUUAGUUUUAUCUAUUUGCCAGCUCCGCCAACUAUUAAUACCGAAAAUUGGGAAUCAAAAAGCCAAAAUUAUUUAGAUUUACUUAAUAAUUUGACUAAUGAAUUACCACCAACUAUUUUGGUGCAUGGUGUUAGUCCAGUUACCUCAACAACUUUGUAAAAAAAUAACCUAUAAGUAAAAUAAUAUUAUGCAUUCAAUUACUUUUUUUUAUUUCUAAAUGAACUCAGUGACUUAUGUAACUUAACUGGAUUAAAAUUUGAAUCUUUAUAAUGUCAAUUUGUUUGUAAGAACGAUAUCAAGGUUGCAAUAUAAUAAUAUUUCAUUCCAAUAUUAUUUAAGAUAAAAAUAUCUUAUUUAAAAUUAAUUAAUCUUAAUAUUAGAUAUAAAAUGAAUUAAAAAAAAAUAAAACUGACCAAAUAUUAUUACUAGUAAAAUAUAAUUAUAUAUAAAAAGGAGGUUGGUGUUAGUUUUUUUUUUUUUUUUUUGGCCGAUUAAAGCAAAAGUUUCAAUAAUGUGAUAAAAAUAAAUCAAUAUUGUUUACAAAAGUUUUCAUUAAAAAAUGAUAUGAUAUCAAGUAUUCCAGCAAAAAUAAUUUUUUGUUAUUUUGAAAUUAGAUUUUUAAGCUAAAAUGUGAAACUGAUUGAAAACAAGCAACUAUACGAUUUAUGUAUAUGUUUAAUAUUAUAUAAUAUUAAAGUACAUUUAAUCGUUUAAUAAUAAUGUAUCUUAUAGAAUAUUUUAAUAAAUUUUAUUUAUGUUGUAAAUAGAUUUAUAUAUAAUUGUUAAGAAAACUCAACCAAUAAACAAAUUAUAGCAAUUUACUUUAUUUGCAACUUUGAUUAUAGUUAUACAUACAUAUAUAAUACCUAACUAAAUGUGUAAAUAACAUCUUAACAUUACAAUGUUAUGUCAUUUCUUUAAAUAGGUUUAAGUGAAUAUCAUAUUGUAGCUUACCCAUAAAAUUAGUACAUAAUGUACAAGAAUAUUUAUUUCAAAGAUUUAAAGCAAAAGAUUAAUUGAGCUUUUUUGGGUUUCAAAAUAGAAAAAUUCAAAUAUAAUUCUAUAACUAAAACGGGAUUAAGCUUAAAAUUGACAAAAAAGCAUUGAUUUUCAAGUUAUUUAAUUUUACAAUAACUCAUAACACGGGUGGGUGGUAAAACUAAAAUGUUGCAAUUCAUUCAUUGUUAUUCGAGCAAACUUAAAAAAAAUCGCAAUAUGUAACAUUAUAGUUAUGUAAAAGAACCACUAUAAAUUAUUAAUAUUACAUAAAACUCUUCUAAACAAUUUUUUAAUUUUCUAUUUUGAAAAAUAGUAAAAAAAUUCUUGUAUUUAAUUGUGAUUAGUUAUUAAAACUGCAAUAAUUGUAUUUUAAUCAAUGAAUAUUUUGUUAAUUUAUUGUAUUUACUUACUCAUUCAUUAUUUUAUCGUUUCGAAGGGAGAUGUUAAAUUUAAAAUAUUAUUUUCUUUUAUCAUUUCUGAACGUAAAGUAAUUUUAUCACAAAAUUUUUAAGAAUAAUGUGAUUAAAUUAAGAAAUUUCAAAAUCUUAAUUAUAUUAAUUUUUGUUUUAGUAGUUUCAGUAGUAGUUGCGUAGUAAAAAAAAUAUUUAACUAAUUGAAAUUUAUUUUCAUUUAAUAUAUUUUAGUAUAUAUAUGCAUAUAAUUUUGUUUUAUUUGUGUUUUACUAUUGUACUAACAUCAUUUUGCAAAAUUUUAUAAAAUUGAUUUAAUAAAAUAUUUAACAAAACUGA